AUGUUGGCAGCUGAGAAAGCAGUGGCAACAACAACUGUCUUCUCCGCAGCGACACCAUCUGCGGGAGUCGUUCCUCCACCAGUCGAGGAGUCAUUAGACGCGGAAGAAGUUUUGGCACCACCACCUGCUGCCGCGACUCCAUCACCACCGACGUGUGCUACCGUGGAAGUCGCCACUAGCUCACUCAAGAAGAAGGAGACGAAUGACGUUGUUGCAUCCUUCCCUGUCCUCGAAGUGGCAGCAGCGGCCGCCUCUAAAGAAGACUCCCGAGGAGAAGAUGUGGAUCAAAGGUUAACGCUAGAGCAAUGGAACCUCCCAAUUCAAGGGUGGAAAUUCAAGAAGAAGAAUCCAAGUUUUGAUGACGGGUUUGAUUUCUAG